GACGAAUAACUGACAGAUGUCAAUUGUCAAUUCCAUGAACGCCAUAUUUUAUAUGUGAAGUUCAAUAAAAAGGAAAUUAGGAAAAUAUAAAUUUCACAGUGAAAAUUGAUUGUGAAAUUUUCACGUUAUGCUGCUAUUAAUAAGGGAAUGACAACUGAGGUGAUGGCCAAUGGAAGUAGAGGAAAAUGGGAUCCAGCACUAUCACGACUUCUUUCGUCCCUCCAACAAGCUAGUAACCUGCCAACAACCGAAGAAGAAUUAGGAUUUCUGAGUACUCUGUUACAAUCAAAAGAACUACAUGCCUUAGUGAAUGUUCACAAUAAAAUAAUUAGCAAUGGCGCUAGCGACAAAUUCUUCCCGAUGCUUUCCACCUCCAUGGAUGUGUUGGCCGAUGUUCUGGACGAACUGGUGCAUAAACCACACAUGUCUGAAGACUGCAAAGAACUAUUUUACCUCCUGCAGAGGCCGCAUAUUCAGGGAUUAUUGUUCGCUCACGAUUCUGUGGCCCAAAAAGACUAUUACCCACACCUGCCUGAGAUACCUUGUGAUACUGAAGAAGAGGAAGAAACUAUCAAGAUUGUACAGCUUGUUAAGAGCAAUGAACCUUUGACUGGGGCACACAGUGCUGAACCGAUAGUCGGUGCCACAAUAAAAACUGAUGAGACGACUGGUAAAAUAGUUAUAGCAAGGGUUAUGCAUGGUGGUGCUGCAGACAGAUCUGGAUUGAUUCAUGUAGGAGAUGAAGUAGUGGAAGUGAACAAUAUUAAUGUGGAAGGAAAAACACCAAACGAUGUUCUUACUAUUCUGCAAAACUCUGAAGGAACAAUAACGUUCAAGUUGGUGCCUGCUGAUGGAAAAUCUGGUGUGAGGGAAAGCAAAGUUCGAGUGAGGGCUCAUUUCGAUUACGAAUCUUCAACUGAUCCGUACAUCCCUUGCAAAGAAGCUGGUUUGGACUUCGAUAAAGGAGACGUUUUGCAUAUAGUUUCUCAAGAUGACGCUUACUGGUGGCAAGCGCGGAAAGAAGGCGAUAGAAAUAUGAGAGCGGGCCUUAUUCCUAGUAGAGCUCUUCAAGAACGACGAAUCAUCCAUGAGAGAAGUCAAGUUCCAAAAAAUGGUGAUGAUGGGCUCUGCUCUGUUUCAGCUUUGCCCGCUAUUACCUGCAGUCAGUUUCCGAAAUCCCCGCGUUGUGCAUCCAAACCUAAAACUAAAAAGAUUAUAUAUGAUACAGCAGAAAACGACGACUUUGAUAGGGAGCACAUCGCCACCUACGAGGAAGUGGCCAAACUAUACCCCAGACCUGGCAUCUAUCGACCCAUCGUUCUCAUCGGAGCGCCGGGUAUUGGAAGGAACGAGUUGAAGAGGCGGCUCAUCGACACUGAUCCGCACAAGUAUAAAACUCCCACACCGUACACAUCCCGUCCUAUGAAACCCGGAGAAGAGAACGGCAAGGAGUACUUUUUCAUCCCGAGAGAGCAGAUGGAGGAAGAUAUCGAGGCGGGCAAGUUCAUCGAGUUUGGAGAAUAUAAAGGCAACCUUUACGGCACCUCAGCCGAAGGAGUGAAGACAAUAGUUAACAAUGGAAACGUAUGCAUCCUCAACCCUCAUUACCAAGCAUUGAAGAUGCUACGAACGCCUCAGCUGAAGCCAUACGUUAUUUAUAUAAAACCGCCUAGUCUCGAAGUACUGAAAGAAACGAGGAAUGCCUACCAUGCGAGGUCGACGUUUGAUGUUAAUAACUCUAGGGGGUUUACGGAAGAAGAAUUCAACGACAUCAUGAAGUCCGCGGCACGGAUAGAAUUUCUGUAUGAACACUUUUUCGACGAGACCAUUGUUAACGCCGAUUUGGCAGUCGCCUUCAGGCAACUCCUGGCGGCGGCCAACCGGCUAGAAACUGAGCCCUUGUGGGUGCCCGCCUCCUGGGUCCAGUGAUUUUUUACCAAAUAUUGUUGUGUUACUGUUGACCGAUUUGGAGAAGUUUUUAUUUUUAGAUCGUAAAUUUAAUGAUGUUAUCAACUGUAAUUUUUAGGACGCUACUGAUUCAUUUCGAUAUUCUUAUUUUUCAAUGGAUAUUGUUGUAGGGAUUUCCUGCAUGGUUAUGACGGUUUGUAGUUACCACGAGUAUGGAAUUUGGUAUUUUUUACUCUGGAAGCGACCUAUUAUUUUCACUGAAGUACAAUGUUAUUUUGUCUAAUUAUUUCCCUUGAAUCGAUAAAAUGAGGAAAUAAUUGGCCAUCAACUACAGCGCGGAAAAACAGCCCCAUUCGAAGAAUAAGAAAGUGCUGCUUCAUUAAGAUAAUCCACCCUACCACAAAUCAAUAAAAACGAUGGCAAAAUUGCAGGAACUGGGCUUCAAAUUGCUUCCACAUCCACCGUAUUCUCCAGAUCUAGCCUCUAGCGACUUUUUCCUGUUCUCAGACCUCAAGAGAAUGCUGGCUGAUAAGAAAUUCAGCGCAGAUGAUAAUCAUUGAAACUGAAGCCCUUUUUUUUGGAUUGAAGAUAAAUCGUAGUAUAAAAAUGGUCGCCCAUUCAAUAUUCUAAUAACAUUACUAUGUUCUAUAGUUCGAUGAGGUAAUUCAUUUUAUUCUAGUUUCAACUACCUGGAAGGAGUGGAUACAAAACUUUUAUUAACUAGCAAAAGCAAAAGUGUAAUCGUAGUAAGUUGGUAGUCCUGAUCACGAAUCUGAAGGAAUUUUGAGCCUAUUUUGCCCCCUAA